AUGAAGGUCAACGGCCGAAGAUGCUUACUCACUGUUGCACUGCUCUUGUUUGGAGUCAGGGCAGCCGAAAUCGUCCCGGCUCCAAGAGGCAUGGAAGCUAUUCCAGACUCUUACCUCGUGGUGAUGAAGGAUGGGAUUUUAGCUAACGAGUUUGAUACUCAUAAGGAGUGGAUAGGUGGCCUUUUGCGCCAUGGUUCAGGGGCUAACGAAGCAGGCGAAGGCGGCUGGGGUGUACAGCAUACCUUCAACAUUGCAGGUUUGCAAGGAUAUAGCGGAAAUUUUGACAGGCAGAUUAUCCAAAAGAUUGCACAUCACCCCAAGGUGAAACAUGUCGAGCAGGACGCAGUGGUGAGAGCCCUGGGGUUAGUUACUCAGAAAGACUCUGGUUGGCAUCUAUCUCGAAUCUCUCACAAAAUACUUCCCCCCAAUCCUGAGUACGUGUACGAGGAGAGGGCAGGGAAGGAUGUUCAUAUAUACCUCCUCGACACAGGAGUUGACGGCACAAACAGCGGCCUGAGGGGCCGGGUCAUCCAGGGGAUCAAUACUACGCCUGAUGGAGACGGAGAUGAAAGCGGCCACGGCACUUCUAUAGCCGAGAUAAUGGCUGGAACAGUUCAUGGAGUCGCCAAAAAGGCCCUGGUGGUUAGUGUCAAGAUCUUGGGCAAUACAGGAUCUGGUACACUAUCAGGCAUUAUACAAGGCUUGGAUUGGAGUAUUAAUGAUGUUGCUAAGAGGGGCAUCGUUGGGAAAGCAGUCAUGAAUAUGAGCUUUGGUGGAUCUUACUCGUCGACUAUCAACCAGGCGACUGAAAAGGUGAUCAAGGCAGGAAUCUUUGUUGCAGCAUCAGUUGGUGCGGGAAACCGUGAUGCGAGCGGCGAAUCUCCUGUCUCAGCCAACGGCGUGUGUGCUGUUGCAGCCAGUACCAUCGCCGAUGGCCCAGCUCUAUUCAGUAGUUAUGGGCCCAUUGUUGACAUCUAUGCCCCGGGAACCAAUAUCACAACUAGGACCAACGGCGAUAGACUAGUGACAGUGUCUGGAAGCUCGUUUUCCACUGCCCAGGUCUCCGGAGUGGCUGCAUUUGCUAUUGAUAUAGGGGUGACCUCUGACAAAGUAUGCGAAACGAUAAAGAAACUCGCGCUCCCCUCUAUCCAGAACCCACGGCCAGGAACCACCAACCUUCUAUUGUACAAUGGUAGUGGCCGUUAG